AUGAGUAUUAGCGCAAAUCGCGAACGGUGUGUGCCAAACACCGUUCUCAUCAAAGAAAUUCUCAAAGAUCCAAUGACGACGUACUGGGAAGAGACCGCACAUACGCCCUUUGUGCUGAAAGAAGUGUCACAGAAUUCAAUCGAAUACGCAACAGUGUGCGCAACAUUUCAACAAACGUCGCGAGGUAUGUCGAUUAAAAAAUUAGAAAGAGUGGAAAAUCCGUACCUCUUGGGACACUACUUAAUGAAGAAAGAAAAAAUGGGAAGCGAAGAUUCGACUGUCCGCGAAAAAAAUCUGUUUCACGGCACACAAAGAAGUUAUGUUAAUAAUAUAUGCAAGUAUAAUUUUGACUGGCGGAAACGGGGGAGUUCGAGAGGCCACAAGUUUGGACAAGGAGUGUCUUUUGCCCCGGAAGUAUCGUACGCACGACAUUAUACUAUGGAUAAUGUAAUGAUCCUUGCAAAGGUCCUAGUGUCUAGGGCAACAAUUGGAAAUCAUUUUACAGUGGUACCACCUACAUCGUUUGACACCACCGCUAACAGCAAAUGUUCUGUUAUUGUGAAAUAUGACGACGACGAUUUUUAUCCACAGUACGUUAUACAUUUUAAUCGGAUUUAA